AGCCAGCUGUGGUUGCCUUUCAGGAGCCACCAGCCUGUUUCUAUACACUUCACUAUCUGUUUGGGAUUAUUUGGAUUCCAGUUUUAAGCCACUCUAGGCAAUGAAGUAGUUGGGACAAAAAUGGAGUGAAAAUCUUGGGAAGGAAAUAAGCCCUAAAUACGGAACAUUGACAUGGAAGAGAAACUUGUCAUUAAAACUCCAUGAAAAGAAGCUUUGGAAAAGACCAAAGAAUUGCGAAUAGAGCUACAAAGACAACAUCUGAGAGAAACAAGUUUUACUACAAUCUCUACUACUACAUUUAUGACUACUGAGAAACCUGGGAGUUACAGGCGACUUUAAUUCAAGCAGCCCUCUCGCGGCCAGCUGCCUCGGAUAGAGCCUCACGUCUCCGUCUCCUCAUUGAGAAGUUAGCCCCCACCCCUUCCACCUGGUUCUGAGCCCCAAGUCCGAGGUAUUGCAUAUCUGAGCUGCAGUUUCAUUCUCCUUCCUACCUGAAGAGUGACUGAAGAUUUCCAGAUAAAAACUACAGGUGAAGAUUGGUAAAAAGAAGCACUGAUUACUGCGGUGGCCUGGAGAGGAAAAGCGCUGGUCGGUAUCACAUGGACAAGCUCAGUGUUUUCCAAAGAUGCUGUUGAAGUAGUCUUUGCUACUGCUUUCCUUCAAAGCUCUUCAUAACAUGGGCUGCAUGAAAUCAAAGCAAACUUUCCCAUUUCCUACCACAUGUGAGAGUGAGAAGCAGCAUGCAAGUGAAGAAAGCUUUAUGUCUGGAGACAGAUUUCUACCUAGGAUGCCUUCUCCAGUUAAUGUCGAACAGGAAGUGAAGAAACCAUCAGGGCCCGAAACUGUGGUCUUCGAAUUUGCACAUCGCCUGUCCCAGGAAAUCCUGAGUGAUGCCUUGCAGCAGUGGGCAGGCAACAACAUCAAGUACUAUGACAUCCCAUAUAUUGAGAGUGAGGGGCCUUAACGCUGUAGGAUGAUGAUAACUUCUUGAAUUGUGGAUAAAGUUGGUGCUAGCUUAAAUACAUGAAACAAUAGCAAAAACUAAUGUGAAUAAAUACAAAUAACUACA